UGAGGGCUCUGCCCUGGGGGGGCUGCAGGGUGCCCCCCCCCGCAGCUUGGGGGCAGGGCCCCUCUCUUCCCAGCCAGGGGCGGCCGGUCCAUAGAGGCGAACUAGGCGGUCGCCUGGGGUGCCAAGUUCAUUGGGGCGCAGUGUCAUGGGGGGGUUGGGAGUGGGGGUGCCGGUUGCAUGGUGCGCCUAGGGCGCCAGUUGCUGGCAGCUAGUCUAGGGCCGCCCCUGUUCCUAGCAUUGUCUCAUUGCCUAGGCGUGGAUCCGCACCCUGCCCGGUGGGGCGCUGCCUCUCCCCUGCAGCAGCAGCCCCCCUUUCCCCGUGUGGCGACAGCCUGCGACCCCAAACAGCGCUGCGGCGACACGGGGUCAUUGGUCUCCCUCGAGCUCAUGCUGGGUAACUGCGGUGUGGGGUGCUACCUAAAACUGCAAGGAAAAUUGGCUAUGGUUUCAGAUAAAACUUCACAUCAAAAUUUAAAUGUGUUCCUUCAGCUAUUGAUUUUAUUUUUCUACCAAUAGGCAGUGGAAACCUUAAAAAUGGAGAACAAAGAUAAACACUGGGUGGAGAAGUUAUUUUCUCCUCAUUUUAGUGUACAAGAUUUUUUUGGUCACUCUGAUCGGCCUGCAUCUCUGAUGUUUGAAAAAUUGGCUUUAGAGAGAGCAAAGAGAGUGGAAGAAAUUUACAAUAUGGCAAUUAAAAAAAUUCAAGAAGAAAAAAGGCUCAAAAGGAAAGAAUGUCUCUCUGAACUCAUUGUCCGAGAAUAUGAACCAAACAUAGUAGAUGCAAAGAUAAAUAUUUCAAAGAAGGAAACAGAAGGGGAUUCUACCUCCUGUGGAGCUGGUAAUUUAGAUGUUGGGGCUGAAGAAAGCUUAAAGAAAACAGAGGGUCAUUGUAUCUGGAAUGCAAAAGAAUUAGCAGAUUUGCGACAAGAAAUGCACAAGAACCAUGUGGAAGGAGUUUCUCUAAAACUUCAGCUGUCUUCCUUGAAUGCAGAGUUAGUGGAACUGAAAGCUAAAUACAAAAAAAUACAAGUGGACUUCGAAAAUGCUGAACAAGAACUUCUAAAUUCCAAAAAAGAAAUUCGCUGCAAAAAUACCCAGUUACAGCUAAUUCAAAGGGAUAGCUUAAAAAAAGAUGUUGAGCUUCAAGCCUUAAAACAACAUUUACAUGAAAAAUCAGCAAACAUAAGAAGCUUAAAUGAAGAGCUGCUUCAGGCAAGAAAAGAAAUUCAGAGUUUGGAUCUAAAGAACAAGGAUUUACAACAAGAAGUUAAGAAGUUAAAACAGCAACAUGAUCUUGGAAAUAAGGCCUCCAUAGAAAAGGUGAAACUGCAUUAUGAUUUAAAAAUAAGAAACGUACAAAAAGAACUAGAGGCUGUUAAAAGUGAGCUGAGUGAUGAAAAGCUUUUGCAUGCUAAGAAUGUUAAGGCUUUGGAAAUACUCAGAAAACAUUUUUCAGCCCAACCUUUAUCUAAUCCAUUUGACAAUCUGAGAGUAGAUUUUCUUUAAAAUAAAAUUUAAAAAUAGAGUGAGAAUCCUUACCAGUUGCAGUCAAAAAGCCCUAGCAAGUAUAUUUGCAGUUUUACUCGACCUUCUAUUUUUCAAAAGCUUCUUGGUUUAAUGUUGAACUUUGAUUUUUAAGUUUUAAGGCAGUCAAGCGUGACAGUAAAACAAUAUUUGUUUUAAAGUAGCUUUGUUCAGAGUUUUGUUUGAGUGAAAUUGUACCUUGAUUCUUUGACAAGAGCAUCCUUGUGAAUCUUCAUGCCACUGACAUCCCAUUAUACCCGUCUUGGAAUAACAUGCAUCUCCUUUCCCCUGGAGAACUGCUUUGUAGAGAGGAAACACUAGUUUGUAUUGAGAUAAAUCAUGGCUUUGAUACUUAAUUUGAAUGCAGGGUUGUGUGUCCCUCUGUCUUUAGAUGCAUGAAUUAACAAAUGCUGAAUGCACCAAUUCUAACAUGUUCCAGUCAUCUUAAAUGCUUAGAGAAGUAGCUUAAUGUACUAGCAAUGACUUGUAGGUCUGAUUUUCUUUCUAUUUGGUCUGCCUAUGAUAGUUCAUGUCCUUAACGGAUAUCUAUUGCCAUAGAACCAAUCCUAAACAAUACCACAUGCAGGACCUUUGGUUACCCAGCAGAGUGUACUGUCUACACAGCUCUGAAGCAUAAUUCCAUUAGCACCUUUAAACUCUGCUAUACCUAGUGUUUACUUUCUUUCAAUUUGCAAAAAAUGCUGCUGUUACUAUGCCAUUUGGUUUGCAGUUUAUAUUGUUGCUCAUAACUGUGGUAGCAAAGUUUUUCCUUUUUAAAAUCUUUUGGAAAUUGAUGUUAAAAUUACGCAUUGAGUUUUGGAGAAGGUUGUAAAUCUAUACCUUAAUUUGAAACAAAAUUACUACUAAAUAUUUCAUUAUUAAAUAGUGCACCUGCACAUGAGAGGAGCUAGUGAUUUUUUCUGUAAACAAUCUGUGUGUUCUAACCCCGGAUAGUAUGUAUGUGGAUUAUUUAAGAAAGUAUUUUGAUUACUGAUGUGUAUGAUAUACACAAUCACUUCAAAUUCUCAUUUUAAUUUUGGCUCAAAAGGGUUCCCCUCAAAAGCUGAAAAAACUAAAUUUUGAAAACUAUCCUGAGAGCAGAAGUGUAGAAAUCUAGAAUGAUGUUGGAUAAUUCCUGUAGUUUCUUUCCUCUUCAGUAUAACAUUUGUUACUUUUAAUUGAGUAAAUAAAUGAAUCAUGCAUUCUAUUCACUGCAAAUGAUGAAAUUACUAUUAAAUAAUUGUUGCCUUAUGUGUUUUUAAAAUAUGUCAAAUAUGGGGUGCUGUUACAUUUAAAAAUUAAUUUACUAUAGCAUUUUACCUGCUUUGCCAUGAAUGUCCAUAAAUCAAACACCUAAAUAUAUUUACUCUCCUUGCAAAGUGUCAUGAUUUUUCUGGUCAUAAAUGUAACUUAUGUCAAUCAAGCAAGUGGUAUGUAAUUUUAACUGAGCUAAUUUAAACCUUCAACCAAGCCGUAAGUGUUAUUUGUUUACAUAUUAUUACACCCAAAAAGUUAAGACGCUAACAUUUUGUUUUUCAAGUGUAUCUGCAACUCAAAAUAUUCAGUUAGAAUGGAAAAUAAUAAUAUACACUAUAAGAAAGCGUGAAGUACUUUAUACUGUGCAUCUUUAACACUUAUAGGUUUGUUUCCUAGUUGGGAAUGAGAUUGUUUACAGCAGCAUUCUUGCCAUUUUCUGUUUGAGGUGGAGGCAGACCUUGGUUCAGGAGACAAAUGUCUUCCCACAUCAACUAAUUACAUUCCUUUUCAUUCUGUACUCUCUCAUUAUGAGACCUC